AAAUCAUAACCUAAAAUUCAAUCAAAAACGUCGAAAGGUGACAGAAGUGUAUUGCUCAAGAUCUUUUUUAAAAUAAAUUCCUUUAUUGUAGCAAUUAAAAUCUAUUGUUCUGUGAUAACUGUUUUAUAAAUAUGUAUCAACUGUAAUAAUACAUCUAGCCAAAAGAAUUGGUUUUAAUUCUUGAAAAAAAUCAGAAAUAAUGGGACCUCCAAAAAGAUUCAAGAAAGACACAUCAGACAAGCGUUUUGCAAAAAAGGCUAAAGAUGAUUUUGAGGAUUAUAUCGAAGAAGAAACGGCAGAUGGAGGAGAACCGGAAGGAAUUCCUUCAGCAGCCACUGUUGAUAUAGAAAAAAGUGGAACUAUUGUUGAAGAUGAAUUUGGAGCAAAAGAUUAUCGUUCGCUAAUGAGUCUAAAAUCAGAUCAUGAAUCAAGGGCCUUAUGGGUUGCACCAAACGGACAUAUCUUUUUAGAAUCAUUUUCUCCAGUUUAUAAACAAGCUCAAGAUUUUUUAGUCGCAAUUGCUGAACCUGUGUCACGUCCCAAAUAUAUUCACGAGUACAAAUUGACGGCUUAUUCUCUUUAUGCAGCUGUUAGUGUUGGUCUUCAAACACACGAUAUUAUUGAAUAUCUUGAUAAAUUGAGUAAAACAAGUAUUCCCGAUGGAAUUGUUGAAUUUAUCAAAAUGUGUACAUUGUCUUAUGGAAAGGUCAAAUUGGUUUUGAAGCAUAACAAAUAUUUCAUAGAAUCUGCAUUUCCAGAAGUUUUACAGACGUUAUUAAAGGAUCGAACUAUUCAAGACUGCAGAAUCACGCGUAGUGUUGACGAUGUUGAUAAAGAUGGUCUAAUAACGUGUAUUCAAGAGAAAUCUGAGGCCUUACAGUUUGGAUCGAAACCAGCAACAACAGCAGCAACAACAACAACAGCAACUGAGACAUCUAGUUCUAGUAAAACAGUUCCUGAUGAAAUAGCAACGGUUUAUGAAAAAAUUGAUAAGGAAGAUGAAGACGAGGAGGAAGAACAGCAAUUAAAAACUAUAAGUUUUGAAGUUAAUCAAGAAAAAAUUGAAGUAAUACAAAAAAGAUGUAUAGAAUUAGAUCAUCCGUUAUUAGCCGAAUAUGAUUUUAGAAACGACACACAUAAUCCAAAUAUAAACAUUGAUCUGAAACCAUCGGCAGUGUUGAGGCCAUAUCAGGAAAAAAGUUUGCGUAAAAUGUUUGGCAAUGGUCGAGCAAGAUCCGGAGUCAUUGUUCUGCCUUGUGGUGCCGGUAAAAGUUUAGUUGGAGUAACUGCCUGUUGUACAGUUAGAAAACGAGCUUUGGUCCUUUGUAAUUCGGGUGUUUCCGUUGAACAAUGGAAGCAACAAUUUAAAAUGUGGUCAACUGCUGAUGAUUCAAUGAUUUGUCGAUUCACUAGUGAAGCCAAAGACAAACCAAUGGGCUGUGGAAUUUUAAUCACCACAUAUUCUAUGAUUACACACACUCAAAAACGUUCAUGGGAAGCUGAACAAACGAUGAAAUGGCUCCAAGAUCAAGAAUGGGGAAUAAUGGUUUUAGAUGAGGUUCACUCGAUACCAGCGAAAAUGUUUAGAAGAGUAUUAACAUUGGUUCAGUCACAUUGCAAAUUGGGAUUAACAGCAACUCUGUUGCGUGAGGAUGAUAAAAUUGCAGACCUUAAUUUUUUAAUUGGCCCUAAACUGUAUGAGGCUAAUUGGUUGGAAUUGCAGAAACGAGGAUUUAUUGCAAGAGUUCAAUGUGCUGAGGUUUGGUGUCCAAUGACUGCGGAAUUUUAUCGUGAAUACCUCAAUUGCAAAAUGUCGAGAAAAUUGCUAUUGUACGUAAUGAAUCCAAAUAAAUUUCGAUACUGUCAAUAUCUUAUAAGAUAUCACGAAAGACGUGGAGAUAAGACUAUUGUCUUCUCAGAUAAUGUUUUUGCUCUAAAACAUUAUGCUAAAGAAAUGCAGAGACCUUUUAUUUACGGUCCAACUAGUCAGAGUGAAAGGAUACAAAUUCUGCAAAAUUUCAAGUAUAACAUAAAGGUGAACACAAUCUUUGUGAGUAAAGUUGCAGAUACAUCUUUUGAUUUGCCUGAAGCAAAUGUUUUGAUUCAAAUUUCAUCGCACGGUGGAUCUAGACGACAAGAAGCUCAAAGAUUGGGUAGAAUUUUAAGAGCAAAAAAAGGAGCGAUAGCUGAAGACUAUAAUGCCUUCUUUUAUACGCUAGUUUCUCAAGAUACAUUUGAAAUGGAUUAUUCUAGAAGACGACAACAAUUUUUAGUAAAUCAGGGUUAUGCGUAUAAAGUCAUCACAAAAUUAGCCGGAAUGGACGAUGAGCCAGAUUUAUUUUAUAAAACACGAGAGGAACAAAUGCAAUUGUUGCAGAAAGUUUUAUCAGCCAGUGAUAUGGACGCUGAUGAAGAAAGAAUUCCAGGAGAAGGAGGACGUUCUAUUGUUCGCAAAGCUGGAAAUAUGGCGUCAACCUCUGGAGCAGAUGAUGCUGUUUAUUAUGAAUAUAAAAAAUUGAAUGCUAAUUCACAAAAUAGUAAACAUCCUCUAUUUAAGAAAUAUAGAAAUUAAAUUGUUCAA